AUGGCUUUCAUGGUAAAACACGUGGUAGGGGGACAACUGAAGAACCUGACCGGGGGUUUGGGAGAGGAAAAACCCGAAGCAGAAAAGUCAGAAGCCGCGGCACAAGGAAUGACUCAAGAAGAGUUUGAGCAAUACCAGCAGCAGCUGGUGGAGGAGAAGAUGGAACGUGAUGCCAGUUUUGCUCAGAAAAAAGCAGAACGUGCAACAAUCAGAACACACUUCCGAGACAAGUACAGGCUACCAAAAAAUGAACUGGAUGACUCUCAGAUCCAGCAGGCAGGCGACGACAUCGAGCUGCCCACCGAGCUGGCCAAGAUGAUCGCCGAGGACAACCAGGAGGAGGAGAAGAAGCAGUCCAUCAUCGGGCAGCUGACCAACAUCCAGAACGUGGAUCUGGACCAGCUGAAGGACAAGGCCCAGUCCACCCUGGAGGACUUUAAGCAGUCUGCAGAGAAGUGCUCUCUCAUGUAA